CCCCUUUGGCUUAGCGGCGUUAAUGAGCCAGUAUAAGGCGAGACACAGAGCCCGGAGGCUCUCAGACGCUCAUUUGGUCUCUCAAGACCUCGAGUGAGGUGGAAUUCGCGAUGGCUGGCAUGAAAUUUGAGUAUGACGAGUCUGGCUCCACUUUCUUCUACUUCCUCACCAGUUUCUUGGGCCUGGCAUUGCUGCCGUGUACGUUUUACUUCUGGCCGGCUGUCGAGGGUGAAGAAGAGCAAGAAAAAGAUCGAUGCGAGGUAUUCCAAAGAAAGCUCUCUAGGCUUAAGAAGCCCGAAAAAUGGAAAGGGCUUCGCAAAACUACUCAGCGUUUCUUAAUCUUGGCGGGAUGGGCACUGAUGGCCAUCCUCGUGUACAAGUUACAACAAUUUGAUUAUGAAUAUGCAAAUUUUGACCCUUACGAUAUCCUUGGGGUUGGCGUGGGAACAUCUAUUGCCGAGAUCAAAAAAGCGUAUAGAAAGCAGUCGCUCAUAUAUCAUCCAGAUAAACCCACGGGCGAUGAACGCAAGUUUAUGAGGCUGAAUAAAGCUUACUUGGCGCUGACGGAUGAUGAUGCCAGACGAAACUAUGAGCGCUACGGUCACCCAGAUGGCCCUGGAGCCAUGCAUUUUGGAAUUGCUCUUCCUUCUUGGAUUGUUGAGAAGGAAAAUUCUUUAUGGGUGCUUGGGCUGUAUGGGCUUGUGUUCAUGAUCGCUCUACCUACAGUUGUUGCCAUAUGGUGGUACAGGUCUUCCAAGUUUUCUAAUGAUCAGGUUCUGCUUGACACAACGCAACUAUAUUACUACUUCUUCCAUAAGACUCCACACAUGGUGUUCAAGCGGGCACUGAUGGUCCUUGCUGCGUCGCUUGAAUUUGAGAAAGGACAUAAUCCCGAGAUUGUCGAGCGUCCAACAGACAACAUAGAACUGCCUCAGUUAAUUAAACAGCUGCCAAAUCUUGGUGAGAAGAACAAGGAACGUCCUCUGUGCUUUGCAUACUCUAUGAAGGCACGCUCUCUUCUGCACGCGCACCUUUCUCGUAUGAAGCUACCAGAUUUGACACUGGAUCAGGAUCGUUUGUAUAUUGUCAAGUGUUGUCCCAUAUUAAUUCAGGAGAUGGUGACCUGCGUGUCGCAACUGAUAAUGUUGGCCCAUGCUGGCCGCAUCUCGCGCCUUCCAUCUCUGGACACCAUUGAGGCGUGUAUGAAACUUUCCCCGCACAUCGUGCAGGCGCUCUGGGACUCCAAGAACCCUCUUCUUCAGCUGCCCCAUGUCACUGAAGACUCCCUUAGGCAUUUUGUGAGCAAACGCCGACCGGUGAAGACCAUUGACCAACUUUUAACUCUUUCUUCAACUGAGAGGCAUCACGUUUUACGCUCUCUCUCGGAGGAAGAGUUCAGCGAUGUUAUGCUAGUUUGUAGGAAGAUGCCAAAAGUUGAAAUGAAUGUCAAUUAUGAAGUGGUCGAUGAUGAUGACAGUGGUGUGUUUACGGCGGGAGCUAUAGUGACCGUCACGGUGAAUCUGCGGCGACGGGCACUUGGGGAGGUCUUUGAGCAGACCCUACACGAUACCGAGCACAAGCCUGAAGGGCAGGAGAAAGAUGAAGAAGCUCUUGCUGCAGCUGCUGCUGCCAAAAAAUCUGGUUGGAAGAAGCCGCAACCUAAGAAGGGAGGGAAGUCCAAGUCCAAAUCGCAGCCACAAAAGAAAAAGCAGCAUCAGCAAUCGACAAAUAAAAAAGAAGACGAACAUCUUGAGGAAAAGAAAGAGAGGAGUAAGAAAGUUAAAAUUGCUGGAUCACAACCGGAGCGUGUGGAGGUGGUUGACGAGAAAGCCGAUCAGGAUACAGAUGAGGAUGAAUCUGCCUCACAUUCAGAUGAAUCAGUUGCCGAAGAAGCGGAUACUGAAUCUCACAGAGAAGAUAAGCAUGCAAACAGUGUUGACGACGAUGCAGAAUGGGAGAAGUUUCAGAAAGGUCUGACAAAGAGGGAGAAGGCACUUGAAGGCAAAUCUAGGAUGUCUCACGCAGUGCAUUGUCCCUACUUCCCCGACGACAAGCAAGAGUACUGGUGGACGUACGUUUGUGACCGCAAGAAGCACAUGCUUAUCACGGCACCUUAUCAGAUAACGAACCUUGUGGAUCACGAAGAGGUUCAGCUCAAGUUCACAGCGCCACAAAAGCCAGGUAUAUACACUUAUCAGGUGUGCUUGCGUUCAGAUUCAUAUUUAGGACUGGACCAAAGUCAGGACAUCAAACUAGAUGUGAAAGAGGCACGAGAGAUUCCCACAGAACACCCACAGUGGCAAGAAUGUUCAAGUGAUGAGGAAGAUGACGACGAGAAUGACGUGGGCAAGGACGACGGAGAGGACUCCGAGUAUACGACAGAUGAGGAGGUCACUGAUGAAAGUGAUGAAGAAUGAUACAUGUAAGAGGUGUGUAGAUUUGUGGUCUGUUGAAAGCUCAAGGCCAAGUAAUUUCAUCCACUUUUGUCUUAAAAAUCCCUCAUGGAUCAUGUUAAUAUUUUGUGUUGGCUAAGCUACAGCAUAGCUUCAAUCUUUUAAGUUAAAACAUGGUCAAUAUAAAGUGCGUGUUCAGGUUCACUUCAUACACGAAUACAAUACCUUGUAUUGUGGUGUUUGAGACACUAUUCCUUUGAUAUUCUGGAAUUCCUGUGCGUUAGUUGUCAGACUGGCUAGUCUUCUCGUAGAAGACCGAAAGCCGAAGCUUAUAUCGCCAAUUCUAUUUUUGAACAGUCCUCGACGUGUUCUGUAGAAAGGUGCCGCAUUUUCACGUAAAGUUAGGAAUUUUAACUAGGUGUACGUGGAACCAAGACUUUUUUGUAGCGAGAGUGGAAAGCGCUGCCAAGAUCUGCCUCCACAACAGUGUGUGUGUACUUUCAAAGAUGGUUUUUUAUUGGUCCAUUUCCAAUAGCCCAGAGGUAGUAUUUUUUAAUUAGUAUUAUUCCUCGUCAUAGAAAGGUUAUUUUUCAUUGGAAUAUUGGAUUUAGGCUAGAUACAAUCUCAAAUUUGUGAUAUAUUUAUACUGUACAAGUUUUCAUAUCAUUAAAAAAUUUGUAUUGCUUGUUUUUGGAGGCAUUUAUUUUUUAGCCUAAAGAUAUGUAGUAAUGUAGGAGCUUCCUAGUUCUUUUAAGAAGGUUUAGGAAGUACCUUUGUAAUAUCAGCUUGAAAACAAACAAAAAUAGACGAACUAGAAGUGUUUAAUAACAUGCGCUAUGCUACAUAUUUGUGAUGGCUUUACGAAACAAGGCUGAAGGCGAGUCCCGUGUCAAAUUCCGUAAAUAUUGAUUUUUGCAGUUUUAUUUAUAUACUAUUUAUAUUUUCUAUUUAGCAUUGCAGUCAUUCCAUUGAAUACCAAGGCUCUUUGGGGAAGGGGUAGGGGGGGAGGGAGGAAUACUUUAGGAUUCAUGGUAUUUGUCUUGAUACAACAUGAGAUUAUUAUUAUUAUUGGGUAAGUGUAUAUUGCAUGUUAGUCCCGGGGCAGUAUGGUAGCCGCACGUUAGCCACAUGCGGCUGUUGCUCGCGUGUCACGUUAGCGACGUGCGGCAGUUGCUUGCGUGUCGUGUUAGCCACGUGCGGCAGUUGCUUGCGUGUCACGUUAGCCACGUGCGGCAGUUGCUUGCGUGUCAUGUUAGCCACGUGCGGCAGUUGCUUGCGUGUCACGUUAGCCACGUGCGGCAGUCGCUUGCGUGUCGUGUUAGUCACGUGCGGCAGUUGCUUGCGUGUCACGUUAGCCACGUGCGGCAGUUGCUUGCGUGUCACGUUAGCCACGUGCGGCAGUUGCUUGCGUGUCACGUUAGCCACGUGCGGCAGUUGCUUGCGUGUCACGUUAGCCACGUGCGGCAGUUGCUUGCGUGUCACGUUAGCCACGUGCGGCAGUUGCUUGCGUGUCACGUUAGCCACGUGCGGCAGUUGCUUGCGUGUCACGUUAGCCACGUGCGGCAGUUGCUUGCGUGUCACGUUAGCCACGUGCGGCAGUUGCUUGCGUGUCACGUUAGCCACGUGCGGCAGUUGCUUGCGUGUCACGUUAGCCACGUGCGGCAGUUGCUUGCGUGUCACGUUAGCCACGUGCGGCAGUUGCUCGCGUGUCACGUUAGCCACGUGCGGCAGUUGCUUGCGUGUCCUUGCACCGAAAAGAACCUUGGGGAUUUGUACAGCUUGUUUGGCACUUACAGUUGCCAGCCAAUUUUCACGAGAAUGGUUACAGGUAGUACUACCGUAUGUGCAAGUGGUCUGGCAUGUAAUUAUAAUAUUUCCAUGGGGUGCUGAAGACUUGCAAGGUUUGUUUUGUUUAACAUUUGUGUUUUUUUUCAGCAAUACUGUAUUUGUUUCAAUUUAAUUUACUAUUAAAACAUUUGCAAAGUCUUGUCUUACAUUUCAGUUUGAUACAUUUUUUAUUGGAAAAUGGGAGGGGGGAAAAAUACAACUUUGGGAAAUUACUAUGUUUUGUUAUUGUAAAUUGUUUGAAGAAGUGUUUCUUAUACAGCAUUAGUUUUCUUUAAAAUUGCCACAAAUUUGCUAUCUAUUAAUAAAAAAGUCAUAUUGACUUCAAUAUUUACUCCAUUAAAAAGAAGCUAUUUUUAGGCCAGAAUGUAUACCAACUUGACACCAAACCUGUGAUACUGUAUUUGCAAGAGUACAAGCGGCCCAUCUUUUUGGCUACAUUUGGGGCGAGUCUUUCAAGAAAAUGCAAGAUAAUUCAUAUAAAGAAGUUUCAUUACCACCACUUGUUAGUCAUCUAAUCCGUUCUCGCGAUUUGAUACCUUAAACAAAAUCCAACCGUUUUGCUUAACUAGUAAUGUGUGAAUCCAAGCAACCCACUUAAUCAAACCCGGCUCAGAGAUACUCAGUAUUACGGUUCUAAUUUUUACUCGUCACAUUUUUACAGAUUGGUCGAUUUUGUAGAAAAACAAGACUUGGCCUGUGCUCACGCUUAAUGUGCUACCACAACCACUUGCAAUAAUGAAAAGUGGUGGUGAUAACUAGCAUCACCUCACAGUAUUCAAAGUCGAGACGUGAUUACAAAGUGAAAAAAAGGUUAUCCUCAUGACAAUAGUGCCCAUUAAUUUCUUCAUUUAUGUAAAGUAAAUUUGUUAUUGAAAUUGGCCAAAAUGAGGCAUCAACAAGAUGCAUGUUUUAAAGGUCUGGCAAUUUUAAAAUUUACAACCAUUAUACAUAUACUGUACUUUACAAUAAUUAAAAAUAAAUGGUUAAAUAUUCGUAAUAAUGCAAUAUUUGUCUUGGCAUAUACCGUCUAGAGCACUAUAACAGUUGUGCACAUGUGUAAGCAUGCUUCAGUGUUUGUGUAUGCACACAAAUAUAUAAGGGAUGCCCUAUAAGGAAUGAAAAUUAAUUCUUCAGGCACUUUAUGCCAGCAUCUAUAAAUCAAAGAGAUGUAAUGUAGCAAAAGGAGCAGAUAUUUGGUGGUGCAAACACAAUCAGAUUGAUGUCCUAUGUGCUUGCAACUGGGGGACCCAAGUUCAAUCUCAGGACAAAAAUGGUUGAGCGAGAUGACUUUCAUCUGAUGCUUAUAUUCACCUUGCCGUAAAAUGAGAACCCCGGGAACCUAGGCAAUUGUGGAUUGCGUCCUGGGGAGGGACAGUUAUAGGCCGGGGGGGUUGGGGACGACCUCAAUAAGCCUGAGUACAGACUUGCUGUUCCCGUCAUUGGGUAGUGUUAGUCUGUACUUUGGUGGUUGUGGGAGAGGGGAGAAUGGUGUUAUUGCCCACUUUUAUUUAUUUAUUUAAUUAUAUACAAGAAGGUACAUUAGGGGGUUAACAGAGAACAUAGAAAUUAAGUUGAAUUUACAUUCUUGUAAAGCCACUAGCACGUAUAGCAUUUCGGGCAAAAAACCACUCGAGACAAUUACAUGCACAUCAGUAAUGCAAGAUUAUGAAUUAUUUUUAUUUUGACAAUUCUUAAUUUCUUCCAACGUCUUUUUAUGCUGAUGACAGGGAUCUCUACAAUUAAACUAGCAAAAUUAAGCGAAACUGCUAAAAUAACACAUUUAAAAGUAAUAAAUAAGUUUCGUGCAAAGAAAUAUCGUAUGAGAAUUUGGAUUUGUUCAUCGUACGAGAAACAUUAUCUAAAAUGAAAAUAUCGUACUGUAAUAGUACUGGUUGUAGAGUUUUGCUUCAUCUGUUCGUGAUUUGAUAUUAUAAUUCACUGUCGGGGAACAGGUAGCCAGGGUGUAUUCACACACAUUUGGCUUUAAUUGAGGCCGAAUUACUGACCCCACCAGGAUGCACCCCACAGCAAACUGACUAACUCCUGAGUACCUACGCACUGCUAGGGGAACAGAGGCAUUAGGUCAGAGGAAAUGGUGCUUGGGCAAUGUAUUAGCAAGGCUUCGGGAGUGAGUAAGUAUUAUUACGUGCACUGAACCUUUUUACACAGAUGCUAUGUUGAACAAAACAUGGCAUCUUACCAUGACUCCAAAGAAUUUUGCAUCCUAUUCGGUAAUGGCAAAAGCUGCAGUCAAGGGUAAUUUAUUUAGCCAUGAACGUUUGUGCUAAAUAGUGAAUUUUAAAUGAACAGUAAUAUGGUCUUUGUAAUGCAAUGGUCACUGCAGUCAGAUCACAAUCAAAAUGUCCUGCUUUGGGGAUAAAACCCAGGACCAAUGUCUGGGUACCAUUUUUUCUCUCCAUCCGACAUGUCUGUUCACCUAGCAGUAAAUAAGUCCCCGAGAGUUGGUCAAUUGUGGCGAGGUUGCAUCCUGGAGAUGGUCAAUAGUUAGACGAGAGGGAUCUUGACAAGCCUCGAUAGUCUUGCUGUCCCCAGACUCCAGGAAAUCAUUAUGGUAACAGGCCACUUACAAAGUUCGGGCCAAGCAUUCUUUUUGCACAAAGUACCGUAUGUGCAAUACAGUACUCUGCACGUGUCUUACAGUUACGGGUUGCCUUGUACUCUUGCAGUUACGGUAAUAUAUACUAUUAAAUUAAAAUGGCUCCUCAAGAGAAAUAAAGCAAUUUUAAUAAACAAUUGAUAAUACGAGAUAUUGUUGCAUCAUGCAUGUGGUGCCAUUGUUCUCAAUUUAAUUGUAAUUUUUAAAAAAUAUGCCAUUAUAAUAAUAGUUUACUAAAGGUAUUUACAAAGAAAAAUAUUGCAGAAGGCUACUAUUGUUCUUAAUUCUUCCUUUGGAAGCUUAACUGCUCACAAUAAUGUUCUUAUAUACCUCUAGACAAGAUAUCUGAAAUUUGUCUGCGUUCUACGCGAUUAACUGUUGGUUGUAACCGUUUUUGCUGCUGGUAAUCAAUGACAUUUGUUUAGCUCCCAGUAAUAAGGGGUUUUCAAAAAAAAACAAAAAUAUAUACUGAAUGGUAUAUGUGAUUGUAGAGAAUAUUUUUUUACAUAGAUGAAUACAUUAUAUUUGACAUCAAAUAGCUUUGCAAAUCUGCAAAAUUUUUUAGUUUGUGUGGUCAUUUGUCACCUUGCACUAGCUGGAGAAUUUUCCACCUAAUGCUUUCUUUUGGCAAGUAAUUAUCUAGGGAAUUCCUGUUUUGGUCAAUUUAGGUACGGUGUAGUUUGUCCACAAAAUUGCAUUGUAUUCAUUAGGAUAACUUAACGCUGCACGAACUGUACGCUUGUUUUCUGUCUCAUUUUUGAUGAGUGUGAGGGGAUGAAUUUGUGUGUUGUGGAUUGGAUAAGGAUUGGCUCAUGGAAAAAACUCUGCCGUGAAAGUCACUGGAACAUAACGGAGGAUCUAACCAGCAGUCUGGGGGUAAUCCCCAGAUGUGCACCUUCCACCACAGACCACAACAACAUGCUAGCAUGUUGUGGUCCAUGGGUUAAGGCGUGCGUUUGGAGUUACCCCCAAGAGAUGCUGGUUCACUCCCAGUCCUACUCCAAUGGCCUUCUCGGAUAUAAUCGCAUUGUGAUUUCCUGUGAAUGCGUGCGUGCGUGCAUGUGUGCGCGAGCGUACGUGUGUGUGUGUACGUGCAUGUGCGUGCUUCUAGUGGCCUGUGCUGACCUAGCACACCACUGCGAUUCAUGCACGAUCCCACACCACAUCACUUGAAUCUUGUAAAUUCCUCAUCCAAUUCUUGUUUUAUACAUGUUUUAAUUUAUAUUUUUGUAUAUUGGUAUCUGGUUAAUGACAGGAGUGCUUGUAUACAUGUUUGUAAUUUAACUAAAAUUUGAACAGAAAAUAGCACCAUGGGAGGAUAUUGGGGGAAUUUAUGCAAGUUGAAUAUUCAAGUCAAACUGAAAAACUAUUGGCCAAUGGGUGAUCUUGAAUGCAUCCUUUAUCCACAGAAGUGACUUUCAGGUUUAAUUUCUAUGGUUUUGAUUGAGAAAAUUCCAUAAAUGCAACUUCCCUAUGAGGGCUGCCUAUAUGUGUACAGUAUAUAUACCGUAUAUUAAAAUUUAUUUGAUUUAUUCUUCAGUGUUCCUAAUUAUUUAUGAAAUCUGUCAUUUAUUAAAUAACUAAAUAUUUUAAAUACAUGUAGCAUAGUCAAAUACAUUUUUUGUAGUAACAAUUGUAUGCUUUUAUGUAUCUGAAGGCAACUAAACAGUUUGCUCAGGUGGUGAAUAUAGCCUUAUUGAUACAACUUUAUAAUAGUCCCGGACAGACUAAAAUGUCAUCACUUUAUUUUCCAAUGUGUGGGUUGGGUAUCUAAUUUUCGGCCAUGUUAUUGUGACUUGCCGUCGGCAUAGCCUCUAUUCUUUAUGUAUGUGCAAGCAAAGCAAGUUGUACUUCAUUUAGUUUUGGCAGCCCUCUCACAAAUCCUUUCCCAUAUAUAGUGCAAUAAUUAUAAUCUCUCCAAAUUACUACAGUAGUGUCUCAACAGAUUGUUCAGGGACUUACUUUCCAUAAUAAAUGGAUUUGUUGAUUUUUUUCUUUCCCUCCUCCCAACAAUGUGAUUUUACUAGCACAAAACAUUGAAUAUUUUCAUGCGUAGAUAGCAAAAUGAAAGGGGAGAAAACUUAAUAUAACGAAACUAAAUUGUUUCACUUUUAUUGGCACUGGAAGUCCAGGUCUUCCAGAAAUUUCCUUGCUAAUCCAGACCCCUAUCGCUGUGGUCAGGGUAUGACUGGAUUGUAAUUUUUUCCCACCAUCUGAACUGGCUUUGAGCCAACAUCUGUUGGAGAGACAUACUGUAUAUUUGCAGUAACCUAAAUACACUAAUGUAUUAUAUAAAUCAUAUCAAAACCUGUAUGAAUUUUGUGAAGUAUAAAAAUGAAUGCAUGUUAUUAAAUUAUCAAUCUCUUGCUUGAGUUGCCCAACAGAUUCAGUACUUUAUUUAUAACAACUUGUGUUAUAAAUGCAAGCGUGGAAUAACGGGGUGGGACCCUAGACGAGCCUAUCCCUGUCGAGGCUACUAAACUAUGGUGGUGGUCCUCGUGAAAAUUCAGGCAAAUUAAUUUGUGUAGGCUUGUCAGGUGAAAAUGUAACAUUUUUACUAGCUAAAGAAUUUUUGCCAUAUUUGAAGAUCUUACCGACUAGAAAUGAGAAUCUAAUAAUUAUGAUUUAGAAAAAUGCAAAUGUACAGGACUGUAAAUGUCAUGUGAUCCAUCAAAAUCUCAACCAUACCUGUAUGGUUGAGGCUGUGAAGUAUUUUAUGGCAAAUUUGAUAUCAAAUUUUUAUACUGCUUGAUGGCUUCGAGUGUCUGAGUGCUUGGAAUUUGAAAUAAAUGUGUCAAAAUUUUAAGUGUUGUUCAUUUCAGUUUUGGCUAAAUUCUUGCCUUACUAUGAAUAUUUAUGUUCAUCUUUUUCCUCUGUAUACUGAUGUCUUAUUAAAAGGCAACACCCAACAUUCUUGAAUUUCUUUGCACAGGAGUGAUUUAUAAUAAUAAUAAUAAUAAUAAUUUUUAUUUAGGCAAAGGUACAUACAUAGAGAUUUUACAAAGUUUGUUGGCUUUAUAGAUAAGAGCUAGUACAUACAAUGCCUAAAGCCACUAUUACGCAAAGCGUUUCGGGCAGGAUUCGGGCAAAGCGUUUCAUUUAGUAUUAAAGUGAGAAACUUGUCUGUACCAUCACCACUGCUGCCACCCCAGUGGUGGUGGUGCAGCAACCUGUCCUCCCAAAUAGUACAUUGCAUUUUUGAUAUAUACAUCUCUAAACGAAUUGUGGGAUUCAGUCCCUGAGCCCAUUAUGUGCCUCUGUAACCCUUUCCACUACCGCCCACAAGAUGGGUAUGGAGGGUGCGUAAUAAAUAGACUAAACUAACAUCUCCAACGACCAAAAUAUGAUGUCCUAUAAAAAAUGACAAGCCAUCACAUUUUCUAUAUGUGGGUCUUUGGUUAGAUUAUGUAUAGGCAAUUUAGUGUGUUAUUUUUUGUGAUAUGGUAACUUGAGAGGACAAGCCGAGUCCGGAGAUAUGUUGGUAGGAAGAUUGUAGGACAAUGUUUAGGUAAUUAUCAAAAGAUGCCAAAACAGGAAGACUAAUGAGCACUGUCAGUGGCACAGAAUAAGAAUUCCUAGACAUUCAGGACACCAAUAUAAGAGUAGAGAGAUUUGCUAACCAAUAUGAAGACCAAAAAAGUUUGUCACGUGUAGUUUCAUAUGAAAUUAAAGAAGUAUUGUUAAAUUGCACGAAUCGCCACCUCAUCUUGAAAGCAACAUGCUACAUUGCAGCUAUUCUUUCAUACUGUAGCUUGGGUUAUAAAUUCCUUGUUUUACCCCCCCCCCCCCCCCCCCUGGCCUCCAACUGAUCUUCAUUUAUUUAAAAGUAUUAGUCUUUGGAUUUUACGAGUCAAGAUAAAUAAAAGGAAAAUGGCCUAAUAAGCUAGAAAUCACUCAUUGUUGGGAUGGCUGUUGUGAAUUGAAUAUCACUGGUAGGGCUACACCGAGGCUUAAAAUGUCCCGAAACCAAAAACCUCAGCAACGUUAGAAAUCGUAAUUUUAGAUAGUUAUCUGUUGCAAACCGAUUUCUUUAUUGUAGUUCAAUGGUCUUUAGGUUAGCUAUGCACAGCUCAGGAAAGACUAAUUGUGAUCUUCUAAAUAAAAGUAUGCUGUACCUAAAAAAUGUACGAUAUGAACAUUCCUCUUAACUAAAUCACAUUAUAAGGUGACAUGGUUAAUACUAUCUACAAAGCUUGUGGUAGUUCCCAAAAAUUAUAACCCGAUGUUCUGGGCACUAUAAAUUACUGUAAUAUUUCUCUGCACUUGCCAAAUUGCAUAAUCUGUAUCAUAAUCUAUACGAACAUUCCUAACAUCCAUUUGUUAACAUAACAUGCGAAUCCUGUAUAUCACUUCCAUAUACUGGAAUGAAGUGUACAAUAGAAUAGCAAAUUUUCUCCCCGUUCAAGAUUAAGAGUUACUCAACACUGCAUUUUGUCUAUAUAAAACACACAUUUUCAGCUCACCUUGUACAAUGUACCGAUUUUCAUAAUAGGGAGUUUAGCUAUUCCAUCGUUCCUUCGCAUUGUCUGUCCCUCACUACAUUCAUCUGGAAAUCCAUCUGCAUUGACAUCCCUCACAUGUUUUUCUGCCUUCUUAUUGGAAUCCUGAAUGAUCUCUUGGGCAUGUUGAAUAUUCUGUAUAAAAAAAAAGCUUUUUAGUCAUCUUUAGUCUAAGAUGUCUAAGAACUUUAGUCUAAGUUCUUUUUUUGAUAACUCAUCAGAUGUUUCCUCCAUAAUAUCUAGAUUUUGUUAAUAAGAAUGAAGUUCUUUUUGGUUAAAACUGUUUACAAGACUUUAAAUGUCACACAGAGGCAAAGUCAGUUACUAUAUGAAAAUAUUAAAUAUGGUUUAUUCAACAAAUGACUCACCAGGUUGAACCUCAACAGUGGGCAUCCUUUGACAGCUCCACUAGUUUUAAGAUGUUAUACAGUGUGUCAUUCCGUUGUUCUAGCAGUGUCCCCCACUUUGGGCACAGCUGGCUCGUGUCCUGAUGUAUUUUCUCAAUAGUUUAUAGGUAGCAGGCGACGAAAGACUGGUCCUCAUCGGUACAAAAUGCCACUGUUUAGGAAGAUGAAAAGACACAUGGCAUCAGAUCUUCUAACUAUUAUUGAAAUUAAGAAGGGAAAAAUAUAACAAGUUAAUGAAAAUGAAACUACAAUGGGAAAAACGUGUGUCCUAUUUAAAAAUCUGAUGGCUUGUACAGAGUGGGAUAGUGUAGUCUAAAUGGUUUGCAAGUAAUGAAGUAUGGUGGUGGGACUAUAAACAUACCAGACAAUUCUUUCUCACAUCACCUCUGCCCCUGAUAAAUAUAAAAAACAUGAUGCACAUGAAAUCAGAUGCAUAUGUAAUGCAUCUGAUUUUCUAUUUAGAAACCAGACAAUGUUUUUGUUUUAUAAUAUGGGUAAUGAAAAAUUAUCCUUUGGCAGUCUAGAGAAAACUGUCAAUGGUUUGUGCAGUAUGACUACAAUAUGCAAUACUGUUGUGUAUGUACAGCAGUAGGAGCCAGGUCAUUGUACUGCAGUGGAGCACAGUGGCUGUUGAAAAAAAUAUGACCAACUUUUGAGAUUAAAGCAGUUUCAAUAUUAGAGAUUGGAAGAGGAAUUUAAUGAUAUUGUAUACCAUAGUGGUUUUUAUAAUGAUAGCGAUGUUUGAAGAGUUAUUUGCAGAAUUGAUAAGGGUUCUAAGAUAAAAUUCGCAAAAUUAUAGGCUCAUUAAAGCUUCAGGUUGGAUACUUUAUUCCACCCAGAGAAAAUCUAGUGCCAGCAAUGGUUAAAUACCUGCCCAGUCUUUAUCACUCGAGCCAAAAAGGUUCAGUUUACUAUGUUGUUGUUUAAUAUUCGCUACCUGGAACAAAAAGUUCCUAGUAGCAUGGGCUAUGGUGAGCCCGUAGUGGAUUUCUUUCAGUUUGCAAGCUCUUGAGCUGAUUAUGUGGUGCUUAUUGCUCUUACCUAUAUUUUGUCAGGAAUACUAAAAGAUUUACAAAGUCUGUAUUACCUCUAAAUAUUACUAAUGUUAUGGGCUAAUUUGGUACAGCAUUGACAGUGGUCCACAGUUUGCCUUCAUUGUUUGACAGUCGGAUGUGUGACUGUUGUGGAGUUAGCAAUUGGCAAAUUGAGCACAAAAAUUAUUUUGUUUAUGAAUAAAAUGUAACUACUGUA